CUGUCCAUGUCCCUGUCCCUAACCCUGUCCCUGACUCUUCUCUUCCUACAGGGAAGAGGAGAUUCCUCUGAAGAUCCUGGCCCACAACAGUCUGGUGGGACGACUGAUCGGGAAGGAGGGAAGAAACCUGAAGAAGAUUGAAGAAGAGACAGGGACCAAGAUUACCAUUUCCUCGUUCCAGGACCUAACCAUCUAUAACCCAGAGAGGACCAUCACAGUGAAGGGUUAGGGUUAGGGUCCGGGUUAGUUGCUGACCUGUUGUGUGUGUUCCAGGUUCCAGGACCUAACCAUCUAUAACCCAGAGAGGACCAUCACAGUGAAGGGUUAGGGUUAGGGUCCGGGUUAGUUGCUGACCUGUUGUGUGUGUUCCAGGUUCCAGGACCUAACCAUCUAUAACCCAGAGAGGACCAUCACAGUGAAGGGCUGUAUGGAGGCGUGCUGUAAGGCUGAGGGGGAGGUCAUGAGGAAACUGAGGGACACCUACGACAACGACAUCACUGCUGUUAAUCAUCAAACCAACCUCAUCCCGGGGCUGAACCUGAAUGCUCUGGGAAUCUUCUCCACUGGUCUGUCUGUGUUAUGGCCUGCAGCAGGCCCCCGAGGACCGCCCAGGCCCUUCCUAAGUCCCUCUUCACAUCUUGGUGGUUUAUAUGGGGUUCCACCAGCCGGGACCAUACAGCGCCAGCACUCACAGCAGCCUCCAGACCAGGAAGUGGUGUAUCUGUUAAUCCCCCCCCAGGCUGUAGGGGCCCUGAUCGGGAAGAAGGGGCAGCACAUCAAACAGCUAGCACGCUUCGCUGGGGCCUCCAUCAAGAUCGCCCCAGCAGAGAACCCUGACGUCACUGAGAGGAUGGUCAUCAUCACCGGACCUCCAGAGGCUCAGUUUAAGGCCCAGGGCAGGAUAUUUGGGAAGCUGAAAGAGGAGAACUUCUUCACAGCGAAGGAGGAAGUGAAGCUAGAGACACAUAUCAAAGUUCCCUCGACUGCAGCCGGACGCGUCAUCGGAAAGGGGGGCAAGACCGUCAAUGAACUGCAGAACCUGACCAGUGCGGAGGUCAUCGUGCCACGAGACCAAACGCCAGAUGAGAACGAUGAGGUCUUUGUAAAGAUUAGCGGGCAUUUCUUCGCCAGUCAGUCUGCUCAGAGGAAGAUCCGUGAGAUCAUCCAGCAGGUGAAACAGCAGGAACAGAAACACCAGCAGCAGGGAGCUCCCAGCAUGCACCAUUCCAAGUGACCAGCAGGUCGAGCGGGGCGGCUCCCUCCCUCCCAACCUCCCUCCCUCCGGCGGGCACCAGCUAAUGAAUGUAGCCCUCCCACCUGGACGGACGACCAGACCAGCCAAUGGGACAAAGCAAAGCAGAACAGCAGAUUGGGAACAAAACCAAAUAACUUAAUUGAUUGGGGGAAAACUGAUGAGAGCCAAAGGCUUGGGGCAUUAUGUGCACUGCCAGCCUAGAGAGGGGAGAGGGGAGAGGAGAGAGGAGAGGCGAGAGGAGGGGGAGA